AUGGAUGGCAUCCUCCGUGGCAAGACGGCAGAGCCCCUUCAGCAGCCCGGGAUGCCUGCAGAGGGCCCCCCAGCUCACCUGGAGCCAAGCCCCUCUGCUCCCCACAGCCUGGAGGACCAGCAGGAAGUGGGAGAUCUUUGCCUGCCCAGACACAGCCCCAGUUACCUCUACGUGGUUGUCAGGAUGACCCAACCAGCUGGUGACCGUCUCUCCACGGCCAAUCCCUACAGCUAUGAGCAGCCCCUUCCCCCCGUGGCUCGGGCAAAUGCAGUCACCGAGGUGCCCCCGGCCAAGAAGAUAACAUUUUACAAGAGUGGGGACCCUCAGUUCGGAGGGGUGAAGAUGGCCAUCAACCAGCGCAGCUUCAAGAGCUUCAACGCCCUCAUGGAUGACCUCUCCCACCGGGUUCCCCUACCUUUUGGGGUGCGAACCAUCACAACCCCACGCGGGAUACACUGCAUUAGCACCCUGGACCAGCUGGAGGAUGGGGGAUGCUACCUGUGCUCGGACAAGAAGUACGUCAUGCCCAUCAGCCUUGGCGCUGCCAGUGGGAGGCUGGGUCUCCAGAAGACCGGCCAGCCAGCCAGAGCUUUGAGGAAGGUAGCCCAAGAGGUCAGGCCGGAAGAGCACUCGGCGGCGUUUGCCCAGCCAAGUCCACGGAUACCAAAGAAAAUAACACUGCUUAAAAAUGGAGACAUUGCUACCCAACGGCCCAUCACUCUCAACCGCCGGAAUGCACGGAGCUUGAAGGCUCUCCUGGAUGAGAUUUCAGAGAUCAUGCAGUUCACCGUGAAGAAGCUCUACACAGUGGAAGGGAAGAGGGUUGACAGCCUGCAGGCGCUCCUGCGCUCUCCCAACGUGCUCGUCUGCGUGGGUCGGGAGCCGUUCAAGCCCAUCCUGACGGAGAAUUCCCGGAAGCACUCCCUGGAGAAACUGCCCGGCCUGAGGUCCCGAUCCAGCAGCAACUCGAUGGGUGAAAACCACGAAGUGAACCUUGGACUGAAAACCAAAAAGAGUGUGAUCCACCCACGAUCAUCCCUGAGCAACCGUUCCAUGAGGCUUUCCUUGUCCUCAGAAAAGUCCUACCCAAACGGCCUCAUGGCAUCGCCCGAGAAUGGGGCUCCUUGCUUGGACAACUGCCCACGCUCGAAAGCAGGGACCCUGGUGCGCUCCAUAGUCAACGAUGACAUUGAGAAGAGGGUCCAUGUGAAUAAAGACGGCAGCCUGUCGGUCGAGAUGAAGGUCCGCUUCCGCCUGCUCAAUGACGAGACCCUGCAGUGGUCCACCCAGAUCAAGAAGUCCAGCCUGAUGAACAAGGUGCCUUGUGAAGAAAUGGGCAUCGGCGAAGAGAAUGGCGUCGAACCAGUAGAGAGAAUGAACCCGGAGGCUGGCUCCGAGGCGGAUAGCUCGUAUCCCUGCGACGCCGACUCUUACGUCUCCAACCUCGAAGAGUCCGAAAUUGAGGAGGCUUGUUGCCAAAACUGCGGGAAACCCCGCAGAGCCUAUGACAUCUGGAAGAACCCCAUGCAUGCAUCCCAAAAAGAGGAGCCAGGGACGAGGAGCUCUUUUCACACGCACUCUUCGUCUUCCAGCAGCUCAUCGCAUCGGAGGACCGUCCACCAAAGGGUGGCCUCCGUUGACAGCAUCCGCACGUCAUCCACCGGAGAGGAAUACACGAAACAGGUUGUACGGGAGUGUUCUCAUUAUUCCGAGACUGUUGAGAAGAGGGUAGAAUACCAUUCAGUCAACAGAUGCUGCUGCCGACAUGACUCUGCCCAGGGAGAGCCAAGCCCAAGGGGGACCCCCGAGGAAGUGGACAUGGUAGCUUGCUUGGCCAGUUCACCAAACGAUGGAGAUUCCAUGGUGGGGGGAGAUGGCGAUGGAGGCAGAGGAAGCCAGGCUGGGAGUAGCAGGUCAACAUCAUCUCGGGGUUCUGCAGAAAGCCAGAUAAAAGUCUGUGAGGAAACCAGUAGUGUGGCAAGAACCAUCUCAUCCCGUAGCGUCAAAGAAAGAGAAGAUGUGGAAGACGUGGACUGCGCCUCCUCUCCCAGCAGCGUCUGUAGCAGGUCCAGUAAGUGCAGCACACCUGGAGGAAAGGUCAACCCAGAUGAGGGAUCCGAGGAGGACCAGGUCAUCUCCUCGUUCUCCAGUGACUCCUGCCAGAAAAAGGAGGCUGCGGAGGAAGAAGCUGAAAAGGAAGAAGAAGAUGUCAAUGAAGCGUGCUCCACUUCAGAAGAUAUGGCGUCCAAUCAAUCUGCCAAGGAAGAUGUCAGUGAGUGUAGAAGAUGCUCCACAGAAGGUUCUUCCCGGUCCAGAGUCUCCGGUAGAAGCCACAGGCAGGGUGACCGUGAGGAGCUGCACGAGUGCCGGGCUGCUUCGGCUUGCUCCAGAGCAUCCAGGAGAAGCAGGCGCAGCCAGAAUCACCUGCAGGCAGCGUCCAAUGGGUCUGCCCGAUCAUCCAGAGAGUCCCUCACCAAGAGAAAGAAGGCAAAAAGUUCUCUCCAUGCAGAAGAUGCAAGGUCAAACAGCAGAGCUUCUUGCUACUCCAGGAGCUCCUAUGAGGUGGAGAAAAGAGAUGUAGAAGCUCCUGCUUCCAGCUCGCCACAGUCUUGUGUGUCCUCCUUAAGUGAAGACGCAGCGCCCCCUGCAGUCCUCAACGAGGAGAGCACGAGCAGCACUUCCAAGUGCUACAGCAGGUCCUCCAAGGGCAGCCAGAAGGAGGGGCAGCCCGAAGACCCCAGCGAGACGUCGGCCCCUUGUGUCAGCCUCUCGGAAGACGACGGGGGCAGUGGAGCUGGGGCUGCCCACCCCAGUUCCCAGGAACAUUCUUCCAGACCAGGAAGCUUUUCCGAAUCCACGUGCUCGAAGUGCGGCCACCGAGCAGGAACCAGCAUCAAGGACCCGAGUGCUGAUUCGCGGGUCUCUUCCUGCUCCGAGGUGAAGAGCAGGUGUGCAGCGGUGGAGGCAUCCGGAAGAAGCAGCAAUGGCUGCUCGCAAUCCAGCAUGGCCUGGGCGUCCAAGCAGAAAGCGAGCGGCCCCCAGGCCAACAAGGAGAGCUCCAGCCACACAUCUGCCGCGGAGUCUGCGUCCCUGUACGGCUUGCACUGUCCAGCGCCCCCCAAAGGGAAACCCAGCGGCAGAAAGAGUCGGACAGCGGUGCUGAAGCAGAAGAACUCCAACAGCUUGAGAACCUGUGCUGGAGCCGAGGCAGCCGCAGAGGAGGAGCAGAAAGAAAAGGCCAGUUCACGGUCGCCUGGGAGCGAUGCAGCAAACGGAGCGGGGACCAGUUCUGUCCCCUUGAAUGAAGAGGAAGGUUCCUGCCAGGAGAAGGGCCAAGAGGAGACAGAGGCGCGCGCAGAGACUGCUCCGGAAGGUGGCCGUGAGAUCGUCCCGUCGUCCCUUCCCAGCACCUCUCCGGAAGAAGUUGUUCACGAGUGGCUGAGAAAGAUCCCUUCCGAGACCUUGCUGAUGGAGUGCGAGAUGCAGGAUGAUGGAGAAGAGGCCGGAGCAGAUGCUGAAAUGCCAAGCUGCUCGACCAACCAGGAGUUGCUGGAAGGGGGAGCCGAUGAGAAGGAUGAAGCAGGAAGCGCGGCUGCAGCAGAGAUCAGCCACAAGAAAGACUUGCCCGACACCAUCCAGACCUCCGUGCAGAUCAUGAAGGCCCUGCUGGCGGCCAAGCAGGAAGCAAAGCUGGACCGCUCCCACAGCCUGCCCGAAGUGUCUCCCACCAUGGGCAGGAAGCUCAGCAACUCAGCCAAUAUGCUGAUCACAUGCCUGGCCAGCCUGCAGCUCCUGGACGAACAGCUGGAUCCGGCAAAGAAAUCGCACCCAUCCCUGAACAGGCUGAGAUACACAGAGCUCCUGAACAUUUUCCAGGCUCUCUGGUUCGGGUGUGCCUCAGAAAAAGGGGGGCCCAGCUCAGGCCUGCCAGGGGAGGGCCAAGCUAAAGUGCCCUCAGGGUUCAAAGGCCAUAAUUCAAAAGAUGACGAUUUCACACCCAUGUCCUCCUCCGGGGUCGAUGUCAGUAGUGGCGAUGGCGGCUCAGGAGAUGGCAGCGUGGCCGGAGCCUGUGACUGCGCCCUCUCCCCAGAGAAAGCUGAAGUUGCCAAGCCCACUGAAGGAGAAGAAGCCACCGCAGAAGGCGUGGACAACGAGGAAGAGCGUGAGGAGCAUUCUGAGCUCCCAGGGCCUUGCUCUGAAUCUGAAGGAGGGGAAAGAGCAGAGUCUGCAGGAGAAGACGAAGCGCCUGAAGUGGCGGAGGACCAAGGCAGUGCCUGUGAGCCGGAAGAAGAAGAAGAAAGAGAAGCUGCUGGAGAGGAAGAGACAGGGGAAGAGGACAAACAAGAAGAGGAGGAUGUGGAAUGUGCAGAAGCAGUUGCUGAUGCCGAGGAGGCCCAAGAGGAUCCCAGUGCAGAAGACAGUCCCUGCCCGGGAACCGCUGAUGACGCGACAGACACCAAACCGGAAGCUGAUCCAGAUGGAAAUGAGGGAGACCGGGAGGAAGAGCCUGACCUGAAUGCAGCACAGGAGCCUGAGGGGAAGUCUGACAUUGAGUCAGGGCCCAGCAGUGCAGCCCCUCGCCAGGCCGCCGUGGUCCCACAAAGGUCUGUUGACCCCGACCCGGUUUGGGUCCUCAGUCUUCUGAAGAAGAUAGAGAAGGAAUUCAUGGCUCACUACGUCAGCGCCAUGGAUGAGUUCAAAGUCAAGUGGAACUUGCCCAACAGCAAAGAGGUGGACACGAUGAUUGCCGAGCUGAAAGAAGAAGUGAGGAAGAGGAUACAGAAGAGCGUGGAGAAGGAGCUGAGGAAGAUCAGGAGCAGGGCCGGCAGGCGGGUCCCUCGGCCUCCGGCCGGCGAACUGCAGCGCGAUUCGACCCUGCAAGUGGGAAGCCGAAGGCGUCGUUUGCAGAGCAUCCACAAAAUGUCCCUCUACAACUGGACCAUGAACCACAGCAAGGCGGAGACGAGGGACCUCUCCGGGGACCUCGAAGAGGACUUGUUCUUCAGCACCAUUCGAGAUGAUGCCGACGAGCCGCCCAACAGGGACGAGUACUGCCCCUGCGACGCCUGCGUCAGGAAGAAGCUGGCGGCCAAGGCGGCCCGGAGCACCGUGACGGUGGUGAGCAGCGCCCCCGUCGUGAAAGCGUUUGAUCUGCAGCAAAUCCUGCGGAUGAAGAGAGGAGACGCUCCUGCGGGGGGCGCCCAGCGCGACAUCACGGAGGAGGGCUUGGAGGAGGAGGCUGAUCCCGCGGCAGAGGAGGCUGGCGAAUCCGCGGCGGAUCAGGAAGUGGGACCUGAAGAGGGGGCCGGUGAAGCCCAGGAGCAGGAAGAGCACGAGGGUGACACAGCGGUUCCCAGCCAGAGGGAGGAAGUCUCCGAAAACGGGAACAGUACGGACGGUGCAUGUGAGGAAGUGGAGGGGGAAGCAGAGGGGGAGGAGGGGGAAGCCGCAGAGGAAGAGGGAAAGGAAGAUGAUGUGGAUACUCACGAAGAUCAUGAAGUGGAAGAGGAGAACCCAGCCAGUGGUGGGGAGGAGGCUGAACAUGACGCUGACCCAGAGGCAGAGGGUGAGGUGAGCUCAGAAAGAGCAGACGGGGAAGAAGAGGGUGGAAACGAUGAGGGAGCUGAAGCCGCAGGGGAAGAAGAGGAAGCUGAGGGGGAAGACAGUCCUGGGCCUGUGCAGGACUCCGUGGAGCAGGAAGACCCUGCAGCCACAGAAGAUGGAGCCCGUGGGGACGCAGAGGCUCUCAGAAAGGGAUCUGGGUUCUCCUCCAUGGGGAAUUGUUCCCAGCAGUCCCAGAAAGGAUCUGAGGAUGGGAGUGACGGAGAAGACUGCAAGGAAGAGCAGAACACACACGGUGACGAUGACAGUACCAACGAUGGGGUGGAUAGUGAGUCUAAAAACCAGGCGGAGAGUAGACCUGCCCAGAUGUAUCCUGACAGUGAACAGGAAGAAGAGGAGGAAGAGGAAGAUGAGGAGAACGAGCUAGCGCCCUCCCAAGCAGGUGCUGUGAAGGGAGGAGAAGCCAAAACUGCUGAAAAUGAGAAGAAGCUGGAUCCAGAGGCCAUCGAUCAAGAUGACUUGGACUUUUAG